AUGAGUAAAAUUCGGGGCCUCCCACCUGAGGUCAGGGAACCAGACCCUGGAGUGGAACUUGGGGUGGAAGAUGGCCUCCUUUGUCAACUGAUUCAUUCUCCAGAAUUCAACUUGUUCUCUGACUCAGUGGUAUUUGAAAGCAUCUUUAUCCAGGUCACUAAGCCCGGAAACUGGAUGGAUGACUGUGAAGGGCCAACCACUGUGAUCCUUGGGGUGACCUCGUCCAUACCCUCCUUGCCACUCCCCAACAUCCUCCUGAUGGCCAACGUCACCUGGCCCCAGGGUCAGUUUUCCACCUGGAACACGCCGGGGAGUGCCCCAGUCAUCACCCUCAGCAGGAUUCUGCCCCUGAAGUAUGUGGAACUGCAAAUCUAUGACCGGCUCCAACGCAUCCUAAGGGUUAGGACGGUGACUGAAAAGAUUUACUACCUGAGGCUCCACGAAAAACACCCAGAGACCGUGUUUCAGUUCUGGAUCCGUUUGGUGAAAAUUCUGCAGAGAGGUCUGUCCAUCACCACCAAAGAUCCAAGAAUCCGAAUCUCUCACUGCCUGGUGCCCAAGUUGCCAACAGAAACAUCUGAAAGCAGCCUGCCAUCAUCCUCUCAGCCCAGUGAAAGCUCCAUGCUGUUGGCCGCCGAGCAGAAGAGUGACUAUUUCUUGAACCUCUCAGGAACUUCCCAGAACACAGUACACAGAAACACCAGCAGUGCCACUGAAAUAGACAAUUUCAACUUCAUCAACAACACAUCCUCGCCAGUGUCAUCCCCGGUCAUUUCGAAUAUACCCAUGAGAGCCACCUUGAGCCACAGUCUCUGGGAACAAGAGAAUGCUGAUGAGUACUACAUGCAGGCUCCUGUGGCCAGUUCCCUAGGAGAGAACUUUUGGGGACCCUAA